AUGGAUGAGGAUUUCCGGCAGUACCUGUGUGACUACAUCACCAGUGUGAUGCGCUCAGCAGGGACACACGUCUGGACGGACCAAGCCGGUCGGGCGAUGACGGGGGCUCGGGUGGCUGCCAGGAUCCAGGACAUCGCCCGAGACUUGAAGACCAAACUCUACGACUUCUCCGCACCUAUGAAGAUGGCCGAGGUGUUUGCAGCAAUGAGACAGGAGUUAAACAGCAGAGCAGUUGAGGCUGCCAAGAGAAAAUAUGAAGAAUUUGUGCAGGAGCAGGAUCGUCACCACCACAGCAUGAUCCCCUGCUUGAGGGUGAAACCCCAGGAGAUGGAGCGACGCCUGGAGGGGAAACGCUGGGAGCUGCUGAGGUGCUGCCGGGGGGAGCUGCGGUGCAACGACUCCCAGAAACAGCCUGUCCUGGACGAGCUGGAGGAGGAGCUGGCCAGGCAGAGGGCCCAGUUCCUGCCGGCCUAUGAGCAGCGCUUUAAAAAGAAGGCCGUGCAGUUGGGCUUGUGCAUCGGGGCGGGCAGCCUGGCUGCGGUUGGCGCGGGUGUUGGGGCGGGUAUUGGAAUAGGUGUGGCUGGGGCAGUGGUAGCUGUGCCGAAAGGGGUGGCCAUCGGGGUCGGGGCGGGGGGCCUUAGCCUGAUCGGGGGAGGGUUGGGCAGCGGUGUGGGAGCCUUGUUAGGACGGACAGUGGCUCGGAAAAAGACAGACACCAACACCCCAGGGCAGGGGGAUGAGGAGGAGGCCAGGGCCAGGGGUUCGGAUCAAGAGCACCUGCUGUAUGGGGGUGUGUAG